AUGUCAAACAUUGAUAAAAUCUCAAAAGAAUUAGAAGCUCAUAAGAACGCAAUAGUUGAUGAUAGAUAAUUAGAAGAAGAAGAGGAAUAGAGAAGAAAGAAAAAUUAAGAAUUAAUGGAUAGAUUUAAUGCAAUUAAUGAUUCUCUUAAGUUUGAUGAGAAUCUUUUGAAACCAUCUGCAUUCGAACUUAAAUUCAAAUAAGACUAGGAAGCAGGUAAAAGUAGUAAGUUAGAUGAUCUCGAUCUAGAAUUUAAAUAAACGUUUGCUAAAAUGGGAGAACUUAUUUUUAAUUCUGGUCUUUUUAACUAACUUCAAAAUCAUUAUUAGGAAGAUGAGGAAAAUUAAUAGUAAAAAUAAAUAGAAGAUGACGAAAGUGAUGAAAAGGAUUAAAUUGAAUAACAAGUAAAUAAAGAAUAAUAAUAAGAAAAAUGA